UUUCGUAUAUUCAUUUUCUUUUAAUCAAAACGGUCACAAUCAAUCGGAAAGUGUACGUAGAUAGCCACUUUUCCUGAUCAAACAAUUAAUUAACGUCCACUGCAACAACAAGAUAAGAAGAAGCAAGUAGGGCCUCUAGGGGGACCUUAUCAGUAGCCCAUAACCCAACUUCUACUAUUAAUUCCUUAACCCUAAUAACUAUUGUUGCUCAACUUUGAUCGCAUCUAAUAAUUAGGAACGAACGAUCGUUCAAGUACUCGUUUAUGAUCGAAACACCUAUUAUACAAUUCCUGUUUAUAUAUGCGCUCUAUGUGCUCGAUGAAUUGCCAAGCAGGGAUCUUUGGCAUGUUCUUCGAUAAAAGUUUCUAUAGCCUGAUUCAACUAUGCAAUUUAUUUAAAUCUUGUGUUGCAAGGGCAAAUUUGUCAUUUGAUCAUUUUACUUCUUCAAGUUUGUAUAACAAUGAUGUAUUAAAGAAGCAUAACAGAAUAUGCUCAAAAUCCAUGCUGAUAAUAUGAAAAGCAUGAUAGGGUAUAAAUUCCAAUAAGCUGAAUAGCGUGAACCAUAAGCCAGGAAGAAAAGGAAGGGUGCAAAAUAUCUCCCACGUUGACUAAUUUGACCAUCUCCUCCUACAUCAAGAAACUUGGGUCAAGUUUCUUCACUUGAAGCUGGCCAUGGGAGGACCUGGUUGUGAAUCCGUUGAUAACUUCAAAACUAUCCUGGAACAAGAAGGAAUUUACCAUCUUUUAUCAGGUGAACUCAAGGUACCUUUAUCAUCAUGUAAACAGAAAUCAGUUUGCUUAUUGUUCUCUGCAAACUGGAGUAGACCUUGUAAGGCUUUUAUACCACAACUUCUGCAAACAUACAACGCCCUAAAAGAUGUUGACUAUGAACUCGAAAUUAUCUUCAUAUCCUUUGACCGAGAUGAAAAUGGAUUUAAAGAACACAUGAAGUCCAUGCCAUGGCUUGUGGUUCCUUUUGAUGUCAAUUUACAGAAGAAACUUGAUUCCGUUGGACUCAUAAAAGACUAUGGCCCCGAUGCAUUUCCGUUCACCAAGAAAAAACAAGAAGAGUUGAAAGCUUUAGAUGAAGCAAAACGUCAAGAAGGGAAGUUGGAACAUCUUUUUACAAAUGGGAUUGAUAGUAAAGGUGAAAAGAUAUGUUCAUCGGAACUUGUGGGCAAGACGAUUGGUCUUUACUUUGGUGCAAAUUGGUGUCCACCAUGUCGUGACUUCACUACACAACUCAUUGAAGCGUAUAAUGAUAUUGUCAAAAAUAAGGAUCAAGAAUUUGAAGUUGUAUAUAUUUCAACCGAUAGAGAUGUUAAAGAGUUUGAACUCGGAUUGACCAAAAUGCCAUGGGUAGCAAUUCCUUUUAACGAUAAAACAAGGCAAGAUCUUUGUAGAAUCUUUGAAGUCAAAUGGAUUCCAACUUUGAUAAUUUUAGGACCAAAUGGGAAAACAAUUACCACAAAUGGGCGAAAAUUGGUUUCGUUAUAUGGUGCUAAGGGUUUUCCGUUUACCGAAUCAAAGAUCUUGGGGGUAGAAUCGUCUUUAAUGAAAGAAGGAGAUGAAUUGGCUCGACAAGUAAUGGACCGUAAACACGAACACAUUCUUAAACUUGAUAUGGCAAAACGUUACAUUUGUGAUUUUUGCAAGAAACAAGGGUCGUUUUGGGCGUUUUCUUGUAAUGUUUGUGGCUAUGACCUUCAUCCAAGUUGCAUUGAAGAAAUCCAUUGCUAGAAAGAUUUGAUAUAUGAUAUGCUAUUGCUAUGUAACAUAAUGUAUGGACUUAAUUAUUAAUUAAAUCAAAAUGUAUUAUAUGUUUGAAUGAAUACAAGUAGGGAUUCAUGUGUUAAACACUUAAUUCAAAUAACUAUACAUGGUUGUUUAUAUCAACUAAAUCUACACAUAAUGAUUUACUGUGUUAAGACGAAGAG